AUGCCGGCAUUCGUCGAGAACUCCGGAAGUACAAGCCGUGACUAUCUUAUGCUCGAGCGCAAUCUCCUCUCCCAUGUGAAGCUCGCUAUGCUCCUCUCGCUGCUUUCUUCUUCCGUGAUUCUCAAAGCUCGUCUAUCCAACGAUCCCGAUGCUACAGUGGGAGAUCCGACUCAGAUUCAGGUGCCCAUUGCGUCUAUAGAGUUCGGUGCCGCGCUCUGCGCGAUAGGUGCAGGAGUCUUCCAAUACUAUUCCUAUUCGAAAGAUAUUCGGGAUAUGCGUGGAUUCCUCGUGUCAUCCAAGACACAUUUUGCUAUAAUGGUCGUUGUUGCUGCCACUGUAUUUACGACAUGUGUCGUGCUGCUAGCGGAGGAAUGA